AUUUGCAGGCGCGGAGCGGGAGAGGACGGCAGCUCGUGUCGUGUCGUCGUGCGAACAACAACAGCCGCAGCAGCAACAACAGCGACCGACCGACACGCUUUUAAAUUAAAAGAAUAAGGACCAUCUGAAGAAUCCUCUCUCCAGCCAAAAUGUCCAAGGGACCAGCUGUUGGUAUUGAUCUCGGGACCACCUACUCAUGUGUGGGGGUCUUCCAACAUGGAAAAGUUGAAAUUAUUGCCAAUGACCAAGGAAAUCGCACCACUCCAAGCUAUGUGGCCUUCACUGAUACAGAAAGACUCAUUGGUGAUGCGGCCAAGAACCAAGUGGCAAUGAACCCAACCAACACAGUUUUUGAUGCAAAGCGUCUCAUUGGCCGCAGGUUUGAAGAUGCGGUGGUUCAGUCUGACAUGAAACAUUGGCCCUUUGAUGUCAUAAGUGACAAUGGACGGCCCAAGGUCAUGGUAGAAUACAAAGCAGAGAAGAAGUCUUUCUACCCAGAAGAGGUUUCUUCUAUGGUAUUGACUAAAAUGAAGGAAAUUGCAGAGGCCUACCUUGGAAAGACCAUCACAAAUGCUGUUGUCACAGUCCCAGCUUAUUUCAAUGACUCUCAGCGGCAGGCCACAAAGGAUGCUGGUACCAUCGCUGGCCUUAAUGUGCUUCGUAUAAUCAAUGAACCAACAGCAGCUGCUAUUGCCUAUGGCUUGGACAAGAAGGUGGGUGCUGAAAGAAAUGUACUUAUUUUUGACCUGGGUGGUGGUACCUUUGAUGUUUCCAUCCUGACCAUUGAAGAUGGAAUCUUUGAAGUGAAGUCAACAGCUGGUGACACUCAUCUUGGUGGUGAAGACUUUGACAGCCGAAUGGUCAAUCACUUCAUUACUGAAUUCAAACGCAAAUAUAAGAAGGACAUUACCGACAACAAGAGAGCUGUCCGCCGUCUCCGCACCGCUUGCGAACGUGCAAAGCGUACCCUGUCAUCGAGUACGCAAGCAAGUAUUGAGAUCGAUUCCCUAUAUGAGGGAGUUGAUUUCUACACCUCAAUCACCAGGGCACGUUUUGAAGAGCUCAAUGCUGACCUGUUCCGUGGCACACUAGAUCCUGUAGAGAAAUCCUUGCGUGAUGCCAAACUUGACAAGGCUCAGAUCCACGACAUUGUGCUCGUUGGUGGUUCCACUCGUAUUCCCAAAAUCCAGAAAUUGCUGCAGGACUUCUUCAAUGGCAAAGAAUUGAAUAAGAGCAUCAAUCCUGAUGAGGCUGUUGCAUAUGGUGCAGCUGUGCAGGCUGCCAUCUUGGCUGGUGACAAGUCAGAAAAUGUCCAGGAUCUGCUGCUAUUGGACGUCACCCCACUAUCUCUGGGUAUUGAAACAGCUGGUGGUGUCAUGACUGUCUUGAUCAAACGCAACACAACCAUCCCAACCAAACAAACUCAGACUUUCACCACUUACUCUGACAACCAGCCUGGUGUGCUCAUCCAGGUAUUUGAAGGUGAAAGAGCCAUGACCAAGGAUAACAACUUGCUGGGCAAGUUUGAGCUGACUGGAAUUCCACCUGCUCCACGGGGUGUACCUCAGAUUGAGGUGACAUUUGAUAUUGAUGCCAAUGGUAUAUUGAAUGUAUCUGCAGUGGACAAGAGCACUGGGAAGGAGAACAAGAUCACCAUCACAAAUGACAAAGGUCGCCUUAGCAAGGAAGACAUUGAACGUAUGGUCCAAGAAGCUGAAAAGUACAAAUCUGAGGAUGACCAACAGCGUGACAAGGUCUCUUCAAAGAAUGCCCUGGAGUCCUAUGCUUUCAACAUGAAGGCCACAAUUGAAGAUGAGAAGAUGAAAGGCAAGAUUGCAGAUGAUGAUAAGCAAAAGAUAAUGGACAAAUGUAAUGAAGUCAUCAGCUGGCUGGACAAAAAUCAGACUGCUGAAAAAGAUGAGUAUGAACAUCAACAGAAGGAACUGGAAAAGAUCUGCAAUCCAAUCAUCACCAAGCUGUACCAGGGAGCUGGUGGCAUGCCUGGUGGUAUGCCAGGUGGCAUGCCAGGGGGAUUUCCUGGAGCUGGGGGUGCACCAUCUGGUGCAGGUGGUGCUUCAGGACCAACAAUUGAGGAGGUUGAUUAAAGCACGUCAUUACGGUCAUUAGGAAUGUUUGACUUGGUACGCAGCCAGGCUGGCCAUUGGCUGCAGAUUUCAAAUCUGCCCCAUAGCUGAUCUUAAGGAAUUGUUGCAAUUGUGAUACUUUUUACUGACAAAUCCUUGAGGAUGAAAACUUUAACAACUUAAUAUGCAAUUAUGAUGCAAAUCUGAGUUCAAAUAAAACUUAUGACC